AAAAGACUGUAGCAUAGCAUCACUGCUAAAAGACAAACACCAGACCUACUUAAUUGCCAAUUAAAUCCAACAAAAAUCAUUUAAAAAUUGAACCCAUUUUGUAUUUAUGCAUUAAUGUAAAGAGUCAGUAGUUUUAGGAAUGGUGUCUCCGGUGGCCGGGUGGAGGUAAUUGGUGGUGAUGGUGAAAAAAGAUUCGAGCUUUUUGAUGAUGAUGAUGCUGAUGGUGUAAGCAAAGUUUCAGUUUUUGUAUUGUACUGAAAGAUAUUAACCAAAAGAAACUAUAUUUAACUGAUAUGUAUAGAGAAAUAAAGAAAAGAUUUUAACUGGAUUUUAGGCGGGUCGAUAAAGGAUCUAGAGUACAACCUUAGUCAUCUUUGAAGGUCUCGUCACUUGGGAAUUCUGCAGAAUCAACAGUUCAUCGGUCAUCUUUAUCUGAAAGUUUAGGCUUGACAAUGGGAGUUCCGCAACAGCAUUUUUAUGGCUCCAAGAAGACGUCGUUACAGUUUCAAGACCAAGAUUCUUCUUCAACACAGUCGACUGGUGAAUCUUACCCUGAAGUGGGUAGCAUGGGAAAAGGAUUUAAUGAAACUCAUCAGAAGGCCGACGGAGGCCAUGCCAAAUUAGUGUCAUCAAUGGAAAUACAAGAUUUUAUCGUCCCUUCUCAAGUUGACUAUAUCCAGUCAUUUGCCCGUGUCCCAUUCCAUUUUGCUGAACAAUACUAUGGUGGAGUACUGGCAGGUUAUGGACCUCAAACAAUGAUGUUUGGAAUGGCCUCUUCUCGCGUGCCACUACCUCCUGUAUUUACAGAAGAUGAACCCACUUAUGUCAACGCAAAACAGUAUGCUGCAAUUCUCAGGAGGAGAAGGUACCGUGCUAAGCUCGAGGCUCAAAACAAGCUCAUUAAAGCUCGUAAGCCGUACCUUCAUGAAUCGCGUCAUCUUCAUGCAUUGAGGAGGGCUAGAGGUACUGGAGGGAGGUUUCUCAAUGCCAAAAAGCUUCAGGAAUCUGAUUCUAUUCCCACAAGCCAUGGACUGGAUGGUGCAGGCACACAUCUUUAUUUGGCCGGAAACAUAUCGGAAUCUGAAGUUCAUCAGCAGCAUGAACAUCACAGAGACGGUGCUUCUACCACUUCUUGCUCCGAGGUCACGAGUGUGUCCAAUGGCGAUGAUAUCUUCCAGCAGCAGCCAGAAUUCAAAUUCUCAGGCUACCCCUCUCACUUUCUGGGGACCCUACAAGGACACUCGGCUGGUAUGCAUGUCGGCGGAAGCCAUCAUCAUGUUCCGGUUCUUCUGUGAACCCGUUUUAGCAGUGUGUGCAAGACACAACUGCUAAUGUUCCUUUGGGAAGUCAUCCUUGGCUCAGUUACUUCUGAAAUUAAACUUUAUUUGUUUCAUGGCUUGAAAUCUUUAGAGAAAAGUCUGAUUUUUAGCUGUAUUGAAGUUUGUUUUUUUAUGUGGUUGUAAAAUACUUGUGAAUUGAUGUCAUUUUGAACAUAAAUUUCCAAUUUGGCUGUGACUA